GUGUUUAGUGCAUCCAAUGUAGAACUAGUCACAAAAACUCGCAUGGAACAUUUAACAGAACAAGACAAGGAAAAAUGUAAAAAGAACAAUAAAACACCAAUAGAAUCAUUCCUAGGAGUAGCAGAGGAACAUAGUAAAACACAAGGGGCCUCAAAUGGGGACCUCACAACAAUGUCAAACAACCCGUGCUCUAUUACGCCAGAGGAAUAUUUCAAUAAAAUGAUAGAUCUUGGCGAGCGUGAUGUAGGCCGGCCAUCGGAUUUGACAACAAAAACUCAAAAAUUUAAAGCCACUUUAUGGCUUUGUGAAACAUACCCCCUUUCCUUACAGGAACAAGUGGUGCCUAUUAUAGACUUAAUGGCCGCAAGUAAUGCACAUUUUAAAAAGUUGAAGGAUUUUAUUACGUUGCAGCUACCUGCAGGAUUUCCAAUCAAAAUUGAAAUUCCAUUAUUCCAUGUAUUAACGGCAAAGAUCACAUUUGGUAACAUAUUUGCACGAGACACUCCCGUCGAUGGCGUGUCUAUGUUAGAGGAUGCAGGCUUUACAAGUUGUACUGUAGAAGAUAAUUGUUUUGAACCGCCUCCCGGCUACAUGAAGUUAGGUGAUGCCCAUCAUGAAAGAUUACGUGAUGAGGAUGAUGAAUUACUACAGUUUGCCAUACAACAAAGUUUAAUGGAAGCAGGGACAGAAGAUGAACAGGUUAAUUUGACUUUUUAUGAAGCCUUACAAAAAUCUCGGCCAAAACGUGGGAGAGCACAGCAAGAAGAGAGGAUGUUGCAACAAGCCAUAGCAGAAAGUAUUGCCUUACAGUCAGGUAGACCUAUUGUAUCGGAACCUAUCCCAGAAUACUCCGAAAGAGAGGAACGGAAUGAUACCGGACCUAAUGAUAUAGAUGAACAAUUGCGUAUCGCCCUUUUAGUGUCUCAACAGGAAACACAGGAAGCCGAGCGCCUGCGUCGUCAAGAGGAGGAAGAACUCGAGAGAAUUCUACAACUGUCGUUGGAAGAUAAAUAACGAUGUUGCUUAUUCGAAAUGUGCUGAACUCUUCAAAUGUGCAGUUUUAAAAGAGAUAGUCCAUCCAUAAAUUUUGUGCUUUAAUUUGGAUGACUUGAAGCCAGUGGUUAUAAGUAGGACAAGUGUUAUUUAUCAGUUUAUUUCUAAAGUGCUUUUGAUAUUUAAUAAUUUAAGUGUAUUGAAGUUGUUAUUGAGAAAAGAAAAUUUUUGUGGAU